AUGUUCCACACUGUGCAGCGGGGCAGGAUGCUCUGUGCUCCACACGUCUGGCCAGACCCUGGGGAACCCAGGGUGUUGGGGACCAUGGGGAUCCUGACUUUGGUGCUUUGUAGCUGCUCAGGACAGCCAGCGUCCCUGCCUUGGGACCUUCCCGCCAUGCCCAGCUGGGAACACCAAGGGGGCCUUGUCUUCAUCCACAUGGAGAGCAGCCUGUAUUCACUACCCUGCAGCCCCAUUGGGAUGGAGGUGGCUGAUCCCACCUACCGCUGGGUGCAGCAUGGGGCAGCCCCUGUGUUGUUCUCGGUCACCAAAGAGGGACAUCUCCUCUUCCAACACUUCCAAGCAGGCGACAGUGGGAAGUACUCCUGCACCAUCUUCUACACAAAGCACGGGAUCCCUGUGUCCCAAACGUUUUACUACAACAUUUUUGGCUACCAUGUGCCCGGAGGCCUGGACAUUGUGCUGCUCUUCCACAGCAAGCUCUGUGAGGAUGAGUGGACCAAAAGAUUCCUGUGGGGUCUACAGGAUAAGCUGAGGCAGCUCGAGAUCAAGCAGCACUGCAAAUUCCAGCUUACUGCCACCUUCUGCUUCCCCUCGCUCAACAGCCCUUCGGAUGAGUUCAUCAUCCAAGUACAGCUAGAAGUGUCUCUCUUUGGCCCCAACUGGGAUGAACACUGCAAAUCACAGGACAUGGUCACAGACUGCUACCGCAAAACAGUCCGGCACAACCUCGGGCAGGUCCAGCUCGCCCUUACCAGGUUCUUCAAGGAGCACAAGUCCUUUCACAUCACUGGGGCUGAUAGCCCCAGCAUCAACUUCACCAAUGAAUUUGUCGGCUUCUUAAAGACUGAGCAGUGCAGCGGGGGCUAUGGGCAGACCAAGCAGCUGCAAAGAUGUCUCGACUGUUGCAUUGUAUGCCCACCAGGAAUGUUCAGCCCUCCUAGAAACAGCCACUGCUCCCCGUGCCCUGUUGGGACCUACAGCCCAACCUACGGGAUGGCACUUUGCACUCCCUGCAAGGACGGCAUGAUCACUAGGGUGAUGGGGGCCAGCUCCAUGAUGGACUGCGUCAAGAAGGAAAGGACCAAGCAGGCUGUCUCCGUCGUGCACAGGAUCCCAGUCCUGCUUCUUAUCAUCUUGCCAGCAUUACUAGUCAUCAAUUUUCUCUUCAUUCUCAGCUCUUGUUACUGGUUCUAUCAAGAGUACCAGCUGUCAUUUCCAAGGGCUUCCAAGAUGACAGGAAGCACCAGGAAGAUGGAGACGGUGACCAGUUUCUCCAGGAUCCCCAGGCAGGGCCCCCAGGCUGGCCCUGAUUCUGGACCUGCCAGUGACACCAGUCAUCUGGACACCAGCACAUCUCAGGGGGGUGAUGAGGAGCACAGACAUGGAGCACCAUCCCCUGCCGUGACCUCGAAUCUUGCUACUGUGACUCAUGAGACAGCUCCUGUGCUGACACUGGGAGACAGAAAGGACACGUUUUGA